AUGCGACCAGCGGAGGCAGAUGAAGUGUCCCUCGCAGCAGGCGACUGGACGGAAGAAACGGACUGGGAGCACAGCGCAUGGGCGACGGCCGCACAAUUCCCGGGGUCACGCGGUCCGGAGUUUCUGCCCGACCUCAGCACCAACGUGACCGUGACGCUCCGGGGCCGUGCCGUCCUGCCGUGCAGGGUUGCCAACCUCAGGGGCAGAUCUGUUUCAUGGAUUCGUCAAAACGAUCUUCAGGUUCUCACCACUAAUGCCAUCACGUUCACCACCGACAAACGGUUCUCCGUGGAAGGCUACAAUAAAGGUGCAGCCGCCGUAUGGGAUCUUCACUUGAGUGACGUCACACAAGCGGACGAAGGAGUCUACCAGUGUCAGGUCAACACCAGGCCCAAGAUAUUCCACCCAGUCAGGCUUCACGUAGUUGAGGGUCGGGCCCACAUAGCGGGACCACACGAAGUCUACCUCCACGCGGGGUCUCGCCUGCUGCUCACCUGCUGGCUGCUGGCGCCGCCCCAUCCUCCUCCACUUGUAUGGACGCACAACUCCACUGUCCUCAACGACACCACAGCGAG